AUGGUCAUGCCUGAGCAUUAUUCUCCUGCCGCCGGCGGGAACAAUUCGGAGGAUAGUUUAGAGUACCACGAAGAUCAGCCGUCUACUUUUGGUCCAAAAAUCACUGCUAUUCCUUACCUCCUGAACUAUGUAAUCCACAAUGGGCAGCUUAGUGUAGGAGCACUAAGGAAACCCGCACCACCUGCAAAAUAUCAUCUCAACGAUGAUUGCGAUCGCUGGGAAUGCAACACUCGGUUUUGCUUAUGCCGAUGCUCAGAAGAGGACAAAACUAUCACACGUUUAGGCCACUUGGGUACUGACGCGUACCUGUUGGUGGACUCGGCUGCCAUCGUCGCAGAUAGCGUUGAUGAAAACACUUGUGCACUGCUUCGUAUCUUACUGGAGCUAUCGUCGCAACAGCAAGGGACCAUUCGGCAAUUCCAUCAGCAGAAACAAUGA